GGUCAGCAGAUGUAUCGUUUGCAGAUGCAAGACAGAGAGGGGUUAGGGGGAUCGAAUGUUCGAUGCGUCGAGGUAGUGUUGUUGAUCUGGUGUGGGCUGGUGUUAUGCGUUGGGGAGGACACCGUAGCCAAGAGGUCAUACAAAAUUAAUGCGCCUAAGACUGUUGUUGCGAACGAACGUAUCAUUCCUUCUUGCCAGCCUCGUAUCGAGCCUCGAAGUCAUGUAUUUUCGAGAUCUACAAAUUGAAGUGCAGCUUCCUCGAUACGAUCUCCCGCUUCCGCGGAGCCUCAUAUCUUCACCUCUCCGUCAGCCAAGUCAUGAUCACCCCGGUCUUGGGGACUUCAUGUACGGUGAACAGGUGGCUUGUGUUGAUGUAACUUGUAUCCACACUGAUGUUAGUCGCGAAGAUGUACAGAUCUUGUGGCGAGUAUCGAGUGUUGUAGUUACGGAGGCCAAGAGAUGUGUGAUGGGAAUCGUGUCACUGAUGAUGACACGGUGGAUCGUCAUACGUGCGAAUUUGAUGAGAGGCACAGAGAGGUCAUUGACGCUGUCAACUCAUGAACGCAAGUUGUGUGAAACUGGCGACGGUGUGCCACUCGCCUGACGAGGAUCAAACGUCUCUAUGAACUCGAUUCUUAAGAGACGUGAUGUCGCAGGUGAGGAUCUGACUGUGAUGAUGCAAUCCGGUAGCAAAUGUUGAGCGAUGACGAAGAGAUGGUGGUGAAACGCAGUGCGUGGUUCGGGACGGGGUGCAGUGAUGGUGAGUGGUCACAGCAGAGAGGAGUUGAAUUUAGAGAAU